AUGUGAGACUAUCACUGUAUUAGGGUAUUGGUUCCCUUAUUAAGCAUGUGGCUCCCAUUUUCAUCCCACGAAAAACAAAGGAUUGAAGCGCUGUUUGUUUUGUUUCUUAUUUUUGUAUUUUUUGUUAGAAGUGAGCACCCAUGAAAACAAAAAGAACGGAGUCAAUCGGUGCCGUAAUCGCUUGUUUUCGAAUAGGAUGAAAAUGGGAGCAUGAGAUUACUGAUGGCACACAUACCCUAUAUGCCUUAUUGCAAGAUCAUAUGAGACAGGUUCGGUUUUCACUCUGUCGGUGCAAAACUCUGCUGCCGAAGAAAACUGCCGAGAAAGCUCACCGAUGCAGAAAUAUGUGCAUUGGCAGAAUGCAUUUUAGUCUGGUCCAAACCUUCCUACGCGCUAGUCACUUUUCGCGCUCUCCUGUGCUGCUCAUACAUUACCACCAACAUUAUUUUUCCGCGUUUACGUUUCUCGGUCGUUUAGGAGUUGUACAUUUAAACGGUGGUUUCCUUCGUUGUGUUCUGUACCAUACAUGCUGGCUAUCGCAUUGUUCCAUAAUUUCCUCUACUAUUCGAGCCACGCGUAGUGUGAAGCAAGAAAUGAUUGAUGUGCAGUGAUUUGUGCAAUUCAAUUUGAAAAGUUCUUCGUUAGGUUCUGUGAAAAUGCCAAAACUAGUGCUUAUUUUAUUGAAAACAAGCUUACUCAUUUCAUGGUGCAACUUGUUGUAUGCGCAAAGCAAUGAAAGUUAUGACGGUGAAAACCAGUCGGCCAGUGCUAUUACGAAAAACAAGUACCAGCCAAUAACCAGGCCUAAUGUAAGCAAAGGCUUCGCCAUCGUUGGAUCGAUGCACGUUAUAUCAGAAUCAAAGGAUUUGAACCAGCUACAUUCCAAUGUGGGAUUGCCACAGCCGCAUGCAGCUGCAGCUACUGCACAGAGUGAUAGAAAUUUGCAAGAUGAAGUAAACACUGGUGCAUUUGUGGGUCCUGACAAAAAAGUUGACGAAAUAAAAGUUUACACACCAAUAAGCAAUACACGGAACUCGUUUUCUAGAGAGCUUUUUCCUACCACUUCAAUUGAAAUACGUAACAUACAAGACAACAUGAAACCGCCAACCGAUGACGAUAGAUCGAAUGCAUACAACCAAGUUAUAGUCAGUGCUGAAGAAAAACCAACUGAUGACAACACAGGGCACGCGGAUCACAUUCAUCAAGGGUCGACUAAAAAAUAUUACAAGUAUAUACGUAAAGAGGUCAAAAACCACACCGCCGAGAAUCUACCGAUCGCAGCUCACCAGGUUACUGGUGAUCAGGAUAUGCCUGCAAAACACCUCAAUUAUUUUCAUCUUUUUAUGAACUUGUACGAUCAUCACUUGUGGGAUAUUACGACCAUCAAGCAUGAGCUGAGCUACGAUUGUGCCGUUGACAUGGGUAUCUAUUUGUCACAUCUUAGUGUGUCACAGUUGUGGGCUAUGAAAGUAUGUGAUGCAUCCGGCCGAUACGGUGGACAAUCGUUUUUCGGAAAUGAUUUCUGGUUAGGAUCCAAAUCAUUUUGUGAAGAGAUCAAUCGGCUGUACAAAAAUGACAACCAGACAUCAUUUGUUGAAAUGACAUUCUUUGUGGCUACUAUCAAAGUCAAGCUGGCUGAUUUCGUUCCCGAUGUUAAACCCAUGCAGCUAGGGCAGUGUUUACCAAAAUCGUGCUCAAUCAGGGAUGUCUACCACAUACUGAAGGAUGAUCCCAUAUCGAAGAAAAUGCUAGACUCUAACACUUGCCAAACAAUGAACACAACUCAUCUCAACAGUCCUACAUGUAAUCUACUAGAUGUAACAAAUCUACGACUAGUCCCAGGCAGCUACUCAUUACUAAAUGACAAACGUUUUUAUUUAUUAAGUUUAACUUUGAUAGUCUUGGUAACUACUGUUAUCUUUGCAACUUAUUACGAAAAUUUCAUUGGAGGAACAAUAGCUGAUACAAAGAACAACAGUAGAUCAAAACUUGGAAACAAAGUGGAAAAUGAAAAACUCUCAGGUAUGGAAAAACUAGUCGAACCAGAUGCCAAAGCACUCGAGCUUAAUCAUUUGAACCAAAAUAAUAACAAUGAUGACGGUCCAGAGAAAGAAGCAAACGCUGAACAAAGUACAAAAAUCGGGAAACAUUUAGGUCUGAUAUCGGAAAUUCUUCUAUGUUUUGCUGCCGGAUCGAAUUCUAAAACUAUUUUAUCUGUGGAAACGGCUAAUAAGGAUUCGCUUACCUGCAUUCACGGCUUGAGGCUAUACUCACUGUUAUGGACCAUAAUGGUGCACACAUAUUUGCAGUUGUUUGCUGUUGGUGAAAAUAGGGUCGCACGCAAAAUUACAGAACGAUCUUUCAGCUACCAAGUUGUAGGAAAUGCAACGUUUUCUGUGGACACAUUUUUCUUCAUCAGUGGUGUACUAAUUGUCGUGCUUUAUUUUCGCUCUUCGAAAAAUGAACCAUCAAAUGAAAAACAAACGAGCAAUCUAUUCAAUUCAACAGCUUGUUCGAAUAUAGUGCUAUCAGUACUAUACCGUUUUAUUAGACUUACUCCUGCCUAUUUAUUUGUGAUUAUAUUCAACGAACUGGCAUUAAAAUGGACUUAUGGAAGAUCCGUGUUUACACCUGGAAUAAUUGAUCACAUAACUUGCAAUAAGUAUUGGUGGCGUAAUAUAUUAUACAUCAACAAUUGGUAUUCGUUCAGUGAAAUGUGUAUGAUAUGGUCCUGGUAUCUGGCGAAUGAUAUGCAAUUUUACGUCAUUGCAAUAAUAUUAUUAACAGUAUCAUCAAGAUACAUGAAAACCUCAGCUUUUAUUCUGGGCUUACUUAUGGUUUGCUCAUGGGCGAUGUCCAUUUUCCUUUCCAUUCAUUUCAACUAUACGUAUAAGGUUGCGGAACCUUUCGAAUCAUUUGACGUGCUGUACGACAAGCCCUGGCAAAGAAUCACUCCAUACAUAAUUGGUAUGCUAACUGGGUAUAUUUUACAUUUCAAGAAAACGCCUCCCAAGGUGCCCAUGUCAAUCAACCUACUUUUCUGGGCAUGUUCAUUACUGAUACUCUUCGUAUUAGUAUUUGGAGUAUGGGACGGUACACUUUCUGUCCCCUUGACGGCGCUUUAUGUGAGCCUUGGUCAUACAGCUUGGGGAGUUGCUCUCAUAUGGAUUACAUUGUCUUGCUGCUGGGGAUAUGCAACACCAGUAAACAAUAUACUAUCAUAUCAAGCAAUUUUUCCCCUGAGUAGAUUGUCGUAUUGUGCAUAUUUAUUGCACCCAGUGGUAAUGAUGGCUACAUCGUUUCAAAUGGAAGCUCCUAUGCAUCUUCAACACGUGAUUGUGGUUACCAUGUUUUUUGGAAAUGCUGUACUAUCGUUCAUAUUGGCGUACUUUGUAUCGCUAGUAUUUGAAGCACCUGUGGUAAAAUUGCUAAAACUAGCAUUCAGACGAUGAAUCAUUCCGCAAAAAAAAGAAAUGUUUACAAGUCCUAUUCCAGUAGUUACCAUCACGGCGGCGCGGAGCAAGGCAAUGAACAUCUGGUCUGAUAUAAAUUUCAUAUGAAGGUGAUCGUGAUAGCAUAUAAAAAGACUGUUAUUUUGUUUCAAAUUCCAGUAGUUUUUUUUAAAUAAAGUUAAAGUAAUCAC